ACCUUGUUACAAGCACAGAGAAACUUUCAAAGGAGACGAUACAUGCAACGUGAGAAGUGAAUGAUGUGGUGUGUUUUACUCUCUCAAAUGUGUCACAGGAGGAAAGUUCGGUACCCUGCACACUUGAAAUGUCCAGGAGGAAACAAAGAACCAUGGGUAUUGGAGGCUAUAUCACCUACUCAGAUUGCUGGUGUGUUAUAGGCCCAUUGGCUAUGAUGGGUGACUUGAUGGUGUUCUUGCAUCCACUUGCAUCCAUUCCCAAGAUAAGGGGGGGACACCUGCUGCCCAGACUGUCCUGGGAGAGGCCUCCCUCUUCUGUGACCUUACUGAGUGACUUCAUACCAAUCAGACCAGUAUUGGACCUGAGUCACAACGAGAGUGCUCGGCUAGCAAUGGACUGCCUGCUCAGCCAGGGAUUAGAGGAAUACCACCAGGUGUUAAAAGCAGAGGGAGAAGCAGACUUUCUGUCGGAGAUGGAAAAGAAAUACGUCCUGGAGAAUGGAAGAGAGAGCAACACAGGUUCUGAUCUCGGUGUAUCUGACGACGAUGACUACAAACAUUUAGAGAGUUGGUCAGCCGGCUCUCAGUCUGCCUCAAUGUUCACUGCUGCAGUGUCCACAGGCGAGUCACCAGCCUGCAAGCCCAUGAGGCGAGAUGAGAUAUGUGCCAGUUCUGAGCUGGGUGAGCCCAGAGUUGAGCUUUAUUUCCAGUCUGAUAACCGAGCAGCUGGAAUGAAAGACCUGAUCAGACAGUUCAUCAGAAAGGCUAAAACGACCCUGGCCAUAGUAGUGGACAGCUUCACGGACAUUGAGCUGCUCUGUGAUCUCCUGGAGGCCAGCAGGAAGAGGAAUGUGUCCAUCCACCUUCUGCUUGACCAUCUCAACCUCAACAUGUUUGUAACUAUGUGGCAGGAUCUCAAACUCAACGGCAAAAAAUUCCCUAAACUGUCUGUGCGCAGCGUUGAUGGACAGACGUACUGCGCCAAGACGGGCAUGAAGCUGACUGGUCAGAUUGCUGAGAGUUUUAUCAUCACUGAUUGGGCUGAGGUGCUGACCGGUUCAUACAGUUUCUCCUGGCUGUCAUGGCAGGUCCAUCGGAGUCUUGCCGUUCUCAUAAAUGGCAGCGCUGUCACACCUUUUCUUCAGGAGUUCCACAGACUCUACUUCAGCUCCAAACCUGUGCCCUGCUUUGUCACACUUAUCACUGUGCCUCGCACUCUCUCACUUUACAUCCAAUCACAUGUGGCCCAGAAUGGCAAUGCUGGCAUAAGCGAGUUGAAAUCCAGCCGAGCCAAAACGAUGGACCUCUUGUCUUGUACUGGAGAUGCUGAAGAGACCCAGACCACAGCAAAAACGCCAUUUUCAUUCAAUCUAAAGAGCAUGGAACUGGAACGCAGCAAAAGUGAUAACCACGGGGCAGCUACACACACAAAACCUCUGACUCCAUGUCUAAAACCCUUGCUUCAACAGCAGUGUGCUUCCGUGGAAUCGCCAAAGCAGAUAGUGACCAGUGUCUCCGCACGGCAGGACACAAAAACACACGUGGAAAAGAAUCAAAACCAGAUCCAGAAUCACUCAAAAACUCGCGUCUCACACAAUCAGCUUCGGUCUGCCAUCUUCAACAUCACCACCACCACAACUGGAAGAAAUGCAACGGGUCAUGAGUCUAAUUGUGGACACGCUGCAAAUGUCAAACAACCGCAAAGAACCGUCUCUUAUCAGUCAACUUCAAAGAAUUUACAUCUCGAUAGUGACACUCUUGGUAUUGAAAGACUUUUCAUUUGCCAUAGGAAUAGAGACCGACUGAAGUUGCCAGGGAUGACUGCAUAUCUCAGUGCAGUAAGAAGACAACGGAACCACUCACUUAACCUCAAAUUUAAAAAGGAAAUUCAAUCUGAUGAUAAUUCCAAGAUACUAUCUCCUCCUGCAUCCCAGCAGAAACCAGCAAAGUCAGGUCGUCAAUUCCCUUUGACAUAUUCAUUGACAGGACACACAUCUGGGCUCCAAACCAAAGUCUCCUCGCUGGAAAUCUGGCCUCCACCACAGCUUAACUGGCUCCUCCAGAGACACACUGCAAGACCCAGGCCAGUGGCUCGAUCCCGCUCCUUUGACACCAGGAACGGGACGGGUGGACAACCAGGCUGCAGGCCAGCACUCAGUUACAUAACUACAUCACUGAGAAGAAGCAAGAGUUGGACUGAGAAACACUCAGCAGGAUUCAAAGGACAGGACUAAAUCCAGACAUGACCAAGAACUGACAGAAAUUAACAUAUGUGGUCAUUUUAAAGGCCCAGUGUGUAAGAAAUCGUGACAUCCAAAGGUGAGAGUGCAGAUUGUAAAAAGUGGAGGAGUCUUCUGCUCCUCUUUUUCCCAUGUGGAAACAUGCUGGUGCAAAAUGGUGGUCUCCAAAAAGCAAGACCCUUUCCUAAAGUACAGAUAAAAGGCUUAUUCUAAGGCAACAAAAACCUAAUUAUUUUUUAUUUUUCGAGUGAUUAUACACUUCUAUCUUCUUUCUAUACAUACUUAUGUGUAGUUUAUUUAAUUUCUGCAAAUAAAUAAGCUAGAUUGUCGCUCUCUGAGAUCAGGUCAAAA